GGAAGAGGCGGACACGUGACAGAGACUCCCCGGGGCUGGGCAGAGAAACGGAGAAGUUGGUCCACUACUCCCACGUGUGAAUUGAGCAAUUACGGCCGUGAUAGAGUGAGAGAGAGAGAGAGAAAGUCAAUUACAAAGCUCCAAACCUCGCGUCUCUUUAUCGAUUUAUUUAGGCGGCAAGAAGGAGGAGGGGGACCAUGCUUCGUUGCGUCUGCUGACGAACCCCGAGCCCGUUCAGAAGAGCGGGAAGACCGACCGGGAGGCCCGGACUCGCUCUCCCCUCCCCUGCCGGGUUAUCCGAGUGCUCAUUGAGCAAAUUGUUCAAGUCGAAUGAGCCCGAAGCGUUGAACAGGACCUCCACAGUUUUAAGCAUUCGGGUGAUCGCAAUAUGGGCAACUUACUGAAAGUGCUGACGUGCACUGACCUGGAACAGGGACCAAACUUCUUCCUAGACUUUGAAAAUGCACAGCCGACUGACAAUGAGCAGCAGACGUGGAUGUCGGUGGGGUCGGUGCUGCAGGGCACACGGAGCGUGCUGUCUGAGCUGCAGGAGUACUGCGGCGCUGGCAACGAGAUACGAGAGGCGAUUUCCAACCCUGGGAAUGAGAUCUUCCAGGAGAAGGCGUGGAACGCUGUUUGCCCGCUCGUCUCCAAACUCAAACGCUUCUUCGAGUUCUCCCAGCGCCUCGACCGCGCUCUGCAGAGCCUCCUGGUGGCGCUCACUUGCCCGCCGCUCACGUCCAUGCAGCAUCUGGAGCGGGAGCAGGCACUCGCUAAGCAGUUUGCAGAGAUCCUGCACUUCACUCUGCAGUUCGACGAGCUCAAGAUGACCAACCCGGCCAUUCAGAACGACUUCAGCUACUACAGACGGACGCUGAGCCGCAUGCGCAUCAACAACAUGGGUUCCGACGUGGAGAUGGAGGUGAAUAACGAGAUGGCGAACCGCAUGUCCCUGUUCUACGCGGAAGCGACGCCAAUGCUGAAGACGCUGAGCGAUGGCACCACGCGGUUUGUGCAGGAGCACAAGUCACUUCCCCUGGAAAAUACGACAGACUGCUUGAGCACCAUGGCGAGGGUGUGCAAAGUCAUGCUGGAGACACCGGAGUACAGGAAGCGCUUUGCGAGCGAAGAGACGGUGUUCUUCUGCUUGCGCGUUAUGGUGGGCGUCAUCAUACUCUACGACCACGUGCAUCCUGUGGGCGCCUUCGCCAAAUCUUCCAAAAUCGACAUGAAAGGCUGCAUCAAGGUGUUAAAGGACCAGCCAGCCAAUAGCGUGGAGGGUCUCCUGAAUGCGCUCAGGUACAACACCAAGCAUUUAAAUGAAGAGACCACCUCCAAGCAGAUUAAGGCCAUGCUCCAGCAGUGAGAGCGUGAGCCCCGGACUGGGCGUCUCGGACGCGCUGCCGCGUGACAUCGCUGCUGCCCUUGUCUUUCUAGCCGGCAGGUUCAUCUCUCUGUCUCGCCGCCGGCUCUCGUUAACGCGUACGCGCUUUGCCGUGCGUACAGGUUGAUGCAAAACGUGCGCCGCACUAUUUAAAUGUCACCAAGAGGUACUCGUCGAAGUGUUUUUGUUUUUUAAUUUGUUCCAUCGGUGUGAUUAUCAGUGUGGACCUGUACUCCAACCAAAUGAUCAAAUUGUACUGUCCUAGGUUUUACAAACUGUGCAUGGCAAUUGUAACACAGUCGAUGGAAUUGUAGGGUUUGAGAGCAGUAUGGAGUUGAUUUUAAUAGCCAUGAUUUGGAAGACUUGGGCUAAGGAAACAAUUUGCUGAUUGUGUUGAGAGUUCGUUUUAUUCAUAGCAUGACAGUAGAUUUCUUUGUAUGUGUAUAUAUUUGUUAGCAUUUAAUUCCAAGCACAUACCAGCAAGAAUUUGUCCAUUUGCACUUGUAUAUAAGAAUGCUGCCUCUUACCAAAGUGACCCUUUUUUAAAUGCUAUUGCAUACAUAUAUAACUGAUGAGCUAAUUUGCGCCUGCGACAACGUUUUUUAUUUUAACAAUGUGAUGUUCUAAGAGCUUUUGCUGGCCGAUCAUGCCAAAUUGAAUGCAUCUUCGUGUCCCAUUCAAUAACGAACGUGAAUAGAGUCUGCGACAUGCUUCAUUAAUGACCGAAGCAUUUUAUUGUGAUGGAUACGCUCAAAGACUGUUUUUGGGGUGACCUUGGGAGAACAAUCUCAAUUAAGGCCACCUGGUGGCAGCUGAUGUGAAUUAAACGGUGCGUUUCAGGAAUUGUUUUUUUAUCGGGCAACAAGAUUCAUGGUUGUAUCACAAAGCUAAUGUCAAGGUUAGUGUUGGCCCAUAUUUAAAACGUAAGGGUGCAGGUUACAAUAUUAUAUCUGCUGGCUAAAAAAUUAUAUUAUUUUUUAUAAACAUUUCUGUCUCAUCCUAGUUGACCGUAAGCUUCAAUGGUCUAAAGAGCCAAAAUCAGCUCCUGUAAUCAAUGUUAAGUAUUCAUGGCAAUGGCUGAUUCAGUUUUUUCAAAGUAUGCUCGUGAUUUAAAUGCAAUCUAAUAUUUUCCAUCUGGAGACGUCAAUCAUCUCAGCGUGUUAUGCUUUUGGUGUUAGAGAAUGGUAAAUUAAAAAAAUCAAACAAGUGUUAUAUAAGUUAAUUUUGUAUGCAUGUAACGAUUAAAAAAAAUAUAUAGUAUAGUACAAUCAUUUAAAAUGUGGUACCAAUGCCCUUGUAGCACCAGCUGCCUUUCUGUAGCAUGUGUCUGUAAGAUGACUUGGUACUGUGACUAUGGACAAAACUUGCGAGUGCUAUUUUGCUACUGAGGUACUGACUUGAUUUGGCGCUCCUUCAAGGCGAUGAUACACUAUGGACAUUGCAUGGCAUUGUCACUGGAAAUAGUUGCCACCAUUUCGUUGCCAAAAUCUGGACACAUCUAUUUGCUGCUCCUUGUAGUGAGCAACCAGGAUAGCAACUUCCAAUCAGAUUACAGACAGGUCACAUAACUACCAAACGUUGAGUGCUCUAUCGACCUAUAGCUCAUUCAACAUAUUUCAACAAACUGGUAAAAUUGGCUAGGCAGAACUGUUUCGCUGUGCUUUUGCUGCACCGAGUUACUAUAGCUGCGCAUAGUAAUUGCGUUGCUAGUGACGAUCGCAGGCGGUGAUUUCCCGAGAGUAUCAUGACCUUCAGGCAUUUUUAAAGAGGCUGCAGGAUGCACUGCAAUCCUAAGUGGCGAGUGGCUAGGUCUAGUAGGGUUUAGCCUGGGCAAACUUUUUUACCAGCUGCGGAAUUCAAAUACACAGCCUGUGCAGUAAACCCUCUUGAAGGCCUGCUCGCUGACCGCUGACAGAGCGCGAGGUCAACACUAUCAGAGCACGUGGUUGACUGACGGGAGAGGUUUGCAUCAGAUCGUUUUUACGGCUUGCCGUUUUCGGUUGCCGAUCAGGUCAUAUUCACUAUGUCAUGUUUUUGUCAUGACCUGACCCGCAUCCGAACGGCAGGUCAUGAAAAUUACGAUGCGAAUUAUGUGGUGCGUUUGAAGAAAUAUGGUGCUACGGACCAAUUGAGAAUCUUGCUUGUAUCCUAAAACCCAAUGGAAUGGACUCCAGACUGACGCAAUCGGUGAAUCCCAUGUCCUUGAGCACGUCAGUCUACGAUGUGCUAGGGUAGUGGCAACCUUGCGCGGUCACAUUUUUCGACGUACAAAAUAAUAACAUUUAUUAAAUUAUAUAUAGAAAAAAAAUACUUCCAAAAAAACAUUUCGGCCCUCCGCAAAGAAUAUUUUAUGCAGCUGCCUCUGGCUGCCUUGCGACGCUUCCUGCCCCCUCUUUAAAGCAGCCUCUUGGAGCCUGAAGAGUGCACUUGCGUGUGAGCGUACACGCGCCCGUAAACCACGUUGCGUGCCCAUGUGGCGGCAGUGGCAUCGCUGAAUGUAUUGGGCGUCUGCUCACUUCACAAGCAAAGACUGACGUGUGUAGGAAAUGUGUUGCAGCCGCAGAGUGUGCUAUGCAAAGUGUGACCAUCACUGUAAACCCGCUACUGUUUUAACGCGACUCGUUACUUGAAUGUCCGUCGUCACGGCACAAAACAAGCGACGGGAGCCACUCUCGACCCGAGUGUCGGGUUGGCGUCUUGAUGCAUUUGCGAAUCAUCCAAGAGAAUGCUUGACAUGAAGUGGUGAGUGAAUUAGUGGUGAGAUGUGGCAGACGACGACACAUUUGUGAAGUGGAGCAAUGUUUCUCCUCCUUGCGACCCCUCCACUGUGGUGCAGCUUUACUUUGCUAUGGAUUCAUCUUCUUGGUUCUUUUGGUAAAGUCACGUAGAAGGGAAAUAAUAAAAUAAUAAAAAUAAAACAUAAUAAAAUAAUUCUCACGACGUUUCGGGCAUUCAGACGCCGUCUCCCCGACAGACCUGGUCUUCACCUGAGGACGGCUGUUUGCAUUGUGGCCGAAACGUCGUGAGAAUUAUUAUUAUUAUUUUUUUUUUUUUAUUUCCCUUCUAUGUGACUUUACCAAAAGAACCAAGAAAGAUGAAUCCCUGCAGUCACGAAAGCUUUAAAUCGAAAUUUGCUAUGGAUCCUUACCUGUCACAUUUGAUUCGAGCCGCUACACGUUGAACAGACGUCACGGUAAUCUCAGAAUGCUGCAUCGUGGGGAGGUCAUUAGGACCGGAGUUUGAGAAACAUGGAUGUAGAGAAUUGUUGCUUGUUAAAACUCCAACCCUUGUGUUCUCUCUCAUGGCUUGAUUUUCACGAGUUCGUAUUUGUGUGCAUUGCGACUUCUUGUUGAUGUGAGAUUCUGAACGCAGGAAUGGGGAGAUCUUCUGCAAAUAUGGAAGAGACAAUUCAAUGAAAAUAUGUAAACAAGUUGGUUUUAAAUAAUUGUGUUAAGGGAAAUUAAUAAACAUUGAAUUAAUCUCAAAUAUAUGCCACGUAAUAGAUGGAAGUUAAUAUGAGCCUUUACUAUGUACUUUGGGAAAGAGAGUACAAUUUAGAAACACGUUAGGGCCGAAAAUGCAAAACUAUGCGUUUUGUUCAUUACACGGGAUAUUGUUGUACCCUCUUUCUUGCACUGGCUCAUCCGAUAUGGCAUCACUAUGCUUUUGUGCGUGUUUGUGUUCAGACGUUAAUAAGUGUUUGACAACAGACCAACGGCUCAAUGACAUACAUUAUUUGAACACUAGUUAUGUUUGAAGCAAGCUCUGUCCAAGCUUUACUUGGUAGAAUAAACAUUCAGUUUUUUUGUAAAGUAUACCAGCCUUUACAGUGGUGUAUGCCAUGGGUAAUCGGAAGUCCAUUUAGCUCAUGUUUAGACUGCCCUCUAGAGGCAAUAUUAAUGUUGGUACGGUUUAUUUUCUUGCUUGUGCGGCACAUUUAAACCAAAAGCAGGCAAACAAAGAAUGCUUUUACGACUACAAUAUGCUCAUGCUUGCUGUAUACCGGCUUAGAGGGAAAAGGGGUUUGAAUAAGUGCACUUUUUCCCGUGUUGUGACGAACAGCGUAGUAAACCGUUUGGAAUGGCCCUGGUUAAAUCAGAAAUAAGUUUCGAAAGAUUCAGUUACUACGAGGUGGCCUGAUGGCUAAGGAGAGCCUCAAUGGCCAUGUUGAAGCACUGAGCCAAUGCCACUGAGAAGCUUUACAAUCUGGUUCGCGACCCGUGAUUAACCACCUUUUCAAGUGUAGUGGAUUUGAUGGCCUCUUGCUCCUUCACUAAUGACCACACACACAUAAAAAAAAUCAUUCAGCACAACUAAAGUUAAGCUUAAAAUGUACUCGCGGUCCAUGGUCCUGGAUCAUUGUAAAUUUUGGGGCAAAGCUUCGAUAAAUAACAUUGUAUAUUUGACACUUCAGAUGAUUAAGCAUCAAUUGUCAAUGGAAGUGUCCUUAAAGUGGUCAGAAAAGCUCUCGAUAUUGCGGCACGGUUAUUUGAGGCCCGACUGACUGGAAAAUAUCUCAAACGAUAUUUCUUCACCGAAUGACAUGAGUAGCAUAUUUAUGAUACAAUCUGAGAUAAAUCCCAAAAAGGGAAAAGCAUUCCGUGCAGUGAAAACCAACUCGCUGUCGGCUAUGAAACAAAUGAAUGCAGUCACAGUACUCUGUAGAGGCGCUCUUUCGAGUUAUCUCCAGCGGAGGACUUCCAGCAUGCGGUGAUGUGAGCCAUCAAUUGGAAGGUUGCGCAUUUAUUAAUUACAAUCCGAACGUAUCACCCGUGGGCUGUCUAACGCUGGUGCAUUGUUGGCCACUUGAUGCCCCGAGUGUGGCUUUUGAGCACAUUUACGAUUUUCAUGCCAUCACAAAACGAUGAAUUGUUACGAUUCGUGGUCGCGACUAAUUUGAGUUGAUUCUUUCGUCUACCAUUCUGAUUCAUGCAAAAUUACGAGUGCGAGAAGCGGUCACAACGUCAUGCGGUGGGGGUGCCAGUCCAUUGGGAGAGCCCUCUGGAAAUUAUUUGGGGUGCGUAAUUACAACAAACAAAUUCUGGACAAAACUACUUGUCAGAGUUACGUGAACCAAUCUAAUACAACAAUUUCAAAGAAAUGACUUUUGUUAUCGUGUCAAUAGCAUGAUGCCCUUUUAUGCUUUUAUAAGGAUCUCCGUUCAAGCUGAUAUUGGGUGUUAUUUGAAUCCCCUAGACUCUUGAGCUCGUUGGGAUCAUAAACUUCUGCUUAUUUUCGUUCUGCCUAGCACCGCCACUGGCAUCACACACGAAUCAAGAAUAAUCGAGUCAUAACUCGCAGUGUUCCGUGCGCCUUGAGCAUAGGUUUUCGAUUGUAAUCGAUGUGUCGUCACGCGUCUAAUCGCGUUGCAUGAAGAUGCGGUGGGGGGAGUGAUUGAGAUGGGGUUGGCUCAGUGUGUGGUUAAGUGUUGAAAGGAAAUGUGCGAUUGAAAUUGGUGGGAAGUGGCCACGCAUUAAAAUGAAAUGUCCUUUCAAGAAUCAUACUGUAAUUUUGAGGUCCGUUAUGCAGUUCAUUGCAUUUUUAAAUGCUCUUUUGUACGAAUGAAAUCCAACAGAAUAAAAGCUUGAUGAUAUA